AUGGCUUUCCUAGUUUUGACCUCCGAGAUCUCUGCUCCUUUCGUUAUCCCAUCUGUUUCUCCAGUGUCGCCAGCUGCCUCUAGAAAGAACAGCACUGCCAGCUUAAGCGAGGACCCCGUCAGAAAGACUUCUGUCUCCGGACAGUAA